UGUGGCCCCCCCGCCGAGGAGUCGGAGGGGGAACGCGGAACUAAAUCGUCUCAACAGGUUGCCGGUCGGACCACUUAAAGAGGCGCACGCAGUGAAUCAUGCAGAAUACACCACACAAGAAGGAAAAGGGCCUGAGUUUUCUAGUGUUUAGUGUUUCCCAUACACUGACUAAUUUGCCCUGCCACAGUCUCCAAAAAUUGGCCAGAUAUAAAAUGCCUCCGGUAAAUGAACGUCACCCUGUAGCGCACCGGCUGGAGCUCCUACUGGGAAUUCUUCGGCUCUCCCCUCCCUCCCCCUCACCCUCCCCGGCCUCACCACAGACGUCGCUCUCCUAGCGCUAAUGUGAGCCUGAGUUGAUAGAGCAGACCGCAUUUCUAAGCGGAACAUUGAGGAAUACUGACAUCCACUUCGUGAGCAUUCUUGAAAACACCCAGAACACAUCAGUAGAGAAUUGUGUGGCUGUAUUUAAGACAACUCUGAGCCUGCACAGCAACAUACAGCACCACUGAGAAUAAAGAACGAGAGCGCAUGAGGGAGCGAGAGAAGGCAGCAAGGGAGAGGGAGGCACGGUACAGCAAUGGUCACCUCUUCACCUCACUGACAGUGUCAGGAACCACACUCUGUUCAGCAUGCAACAAGAGUAUUACUGCCAAGGAGGCACUGAGCUGUCCGACAUGCAGUGUCACUAUUCACAACCGCUGUCGAGACACUUUGCCAAACUGCACCAAAAUGAAACAGAGGCAGCAGAAGACAGCCAUCAUGCGGAACAACUCAGCCUUGCAGAAUGUCACACUGCGCACAAAAACUCCAGGAAUGCGUGAGCGUCCAAGUUCAGCUAUCUACCCCUCUGACAGCUUCCGACAAACCCUGCUGGGAUCCCGCCGAGGUCGCUCCAGUCUAUCCCUGUCUAAGAGUGUCUCCACCAACAACAUCGCAGGGACCCUGAAUGACGACUCACCCCUGGGUCUGCGUAGGAUUCUGUCCCAGUCCACAGACUCCCUCAGCUUCAGGAACAGAGCUAUGUCAAUGGAGUCUCUCAAUGAUGAUGGAGACAUCUACUAUACUUCAGUAUUGGAGGAGCUGGAGCUCGAGAGCCGGGACUUUAAGGCUGACUCAUGGAGCAUGGCUGUGGACAGCAGUUACUUGCAGACACACCGCAAAAACGUCAUCAAGAGGCAGGAUGUCAUCUAUGAGCUGAUUCAGACAGAGCUGCACCACAUGAGAACGCUGCAAAUCAUGGAAAGGGUGUUUCGGCAGGGCAUGCUCGAGGAGCUCCAGCUGGACCUGUGCACCGUGCAUGCCAUGUUCCCCUGCCUGGACCAACUGAUCAGAAUACAUUCCCAUUUCCUGGCACAACUUUUACUGAGGUACAACAGCAGUCUGCAGCCUGGAUCCAGUCGCAACUUCACCAUUCACCAGCUGGGGGACAUACUACUAGAGCAGUUCUCAGGUCAGUGUGCAGACGACAUGCGGAAGACCUAUGCUGAGUUCUGUAGCCGUCACUUGAAGGCUGUCAAAUUGUACAAGGAACUGCUGGCCAGAGACAAGAAGUUUCAGUGCUUCAUACGGCGGGUGAGUCGUGGACCCUUGCUACGUUGCCAUGGUGUUCAGGAGUGCAUCUUGUUGGUGACGCAGCGGAUCUCCAAGUAUCCUGUCCUUGUUCAGCGUAUUCUGGACAACACUGAUGAUGAAGAAGAAGCCUCAUCUCUAGACCAGGCUCUCUCCAUGGUCAGAGAACUUCUAAGUUCAAUAGACCAACAGAUGGAGGACCUGGAGAAAACACAGCGUCUACAAGAGAUCCAGGCCAAACUGGACCUGCGGGCUGAGGCCAGAGUUAGGGAUGGUGGACUUUUCAAGCCUGGAGAGUUGCUCCGCCGGAGACUUGUCCAUGAAGGGACCCUUUUCUGGAAAACCCCAGGAUCCCGGCUCAAAGAUAUACAGGUCUUAUUGAUGACAGACAUCCUAGUGUUUCUGCAGGAGAAAGACCAGAGAUACAUAUUUCCAUGUCUGGACAAACCUCCAGUACUGUCCCUUCAGAACCUUAUUGUGAGGGAUAUAGCCAACCAGGAGCGAGGCAUGUUCCUCAUUAGCGACUCCUCUCCUCCUGAGAUGUAUGAGUUCCACGCUGCUUCCAAAGAGGACAAGAACAUCUGGAUACGCCACAUCCAGCACACCGUCAGCAAGUGCCCAUCAAGAGAGGAGUUCCCCCUCAUUGAGACUGAACACAAAGCCCAUCUAAGGAGACUCAAAGCUGACCUCCAGCAGAAGGACCAGGAAAUGCUGGAGCUCCUGCAGGAGAGGGUGACUCUAUUUUGUGAGCUGGCAGAGGUGACAAGUGGGCAGGAGGGCCUGCAACCUCCCAUCACUCGUUACUUGUUCAGGGCAGACACACCCCAGGCUCCCCGUGCAGAGAAACUCCUGCUGGAUGCCACAGCUGAGGUUGACAGGUUGAGUGAGCUCCUCCUGGGUUCCAGCAUGGACAUCCCUCUUCCAUGUCAUCACAACCACACGGAGGUGGUAGAAACCAGUGAUCAGGAUCUGUUGGUCAAUGGAGCCCAUGUUUUCUUUGCAGUAAAGGAGUGCAUGAGGAAUCAAGACAAGCCACCGCUCACGAAGAUCUAUCAGAGGCUGGUGAAUCUCAGUGUUUAUCUCCAUGCACUCCAGGGUGCUGUCAUCAAACAAGACUCCAUCUUGGAGCUGCUGCUGCAACCACAGGAUACCGUAGGACCAGCUGCUGGAGGAGUAUGGCGCCCUCUCUGGCGAGAUGGUGGAAAUCGGGAGGCCAGUGCAGGAUCAACCAUUGGGGAGCUGGCUCUUUUGCAGAGACAACACAGCCUGCUGCAGGAGGAGCUGCUGAGGCUGCGGGAUGCAGAGAGCCGGUUCAAGGACAGUGAAAGAGCACGGGCAAAGCUGGAGAGGCAGUUCCGGCACAUGAAGGUCUGCAGCGGGGCUGCACUUGCCUCCCAACAUCUGGAGGAGCAAGCUUCUCAACCUGCAUCUCUGCAACAAGGAAGAGAUGUCUCAACUGGAGUUGAUACCCUAUGGGCCAGUCAGUUACCGGCACACCAAUCAGAUGGCCUCCAGGAUGGCAGUGAUUUGGAGGUAGACAUGACGUCAGAUGAUGAUGAUGGGACGGUUUCUGAAAGCUCCAAAGAUCUUCAAGGUAUUCCAGAGGUGAUCUGAUCCCUGGCAAGUUACACUUUGCUAAUAAGCUUUAAAAACUAUAGUUGAUUAUAAUAUAAACUGAUCGACUCCAACAAAGCGCAUGUCUACCUUUUCUGCUAGUCUUAAUGUUUAUUUAGCUGCUUGUCUGUGGAGUAGAUGGCUUGUGACAGUGAGUUGUUUUAUUUUAUUUUUUUUUUAUGCUUUGGAUUGGUUGACCAGGGGUGUGAAAUACUGAAAUAAUUAUUAGUACUUAGUUUAUGUAUUAAAAAAACAACAAUAAUACAAAAAGCUCUGCAAAAAAAUACUUUUUAAAAAUCAGAUUUGCAUCUUUUGUAGGUAAUUUAGGUGUCUUGAUCAUGUUUGACAGACUCCAGUCCUUCCCUGUUGACUGUUGGACAGCAUUAACCAUAACCUUGAUAUGGCAGUCAAAGUCACACUGCUACUUUUGAAAAUUCUUAAAAGCUAAAAAUGAUGCUCCUUAAAACGAGGAAAAAAAAAAUUCUAUCCAAUGCCACCAUUAAGAUCAGUAAGCCACAACCCAUUCUGAAAUACCAUAAAAAUACAUAACAAGCACAAUCUAAAUCAAUCAAAGCUUAUCAUAUAAGGUUUUGUCUUUGCCAGGUCUUACAGUAGAAGUUGAAACUACUAAAAAUAACAGCUGUGUCAGUCCUUUGUUUAAGAUUCCUAAGUUUUUGGUCCAAGACUCACUCAUUGAACAUUUUACACUAAACAAUACAACCAUUGCUUAAAGACAGAGUGUGUAGGAAUUUCUCCCAUCUAACGUGAAAUCAUAUAUUGCAUUCAAAUGGAUAGCGCACUCUAGCGCCUCACUGUUUCAAACGCGUAUUGCAACAACGGUAGCCGCUGUGUACCAAAAAGCUAUGAUAAUACUGAUGAAACCAUGUCAUCCGAUACUUCAUGGAGUAUUCAUUCAGGCUCCUACACAGACACACGUGACGCGAGUUGACAAACCCCCUCCUCAUCAUGCUGGCUGUGUUUACAAUGUAGGAUUGUUGGGGCGGGUGUAAAUCAAAACAAACCAGUCACGUCAUGUCUUUUGACAACUGACAAGUGGCUCAACCUCACACACCUCAUCCCUCUCUUCACAUCACUGCGCCGCUACUACUACUGCAGCAUAACAAAGUCCCACUCUUUGAGAAUAAUGCAGGAUCAUGCAUAUGCAGCAUCACGGGAAACGGAAUCCUCGUCACCAAGAAAGUGCAAAAGGGAAUCAAAAAGGCAACAUGACCGGCGAAUUCAAAAAACGAGGGUCAACAUCGGCGUGGCCUUUCCCAGGUGGAGAGGGCUCCUGAAGGAGAGCAUGGCAUGGCAGCCCAUUAGUGCUAAUGUCCCCACGCUUCUCCGCCAGGCUCAGUGAGUCGUAGCCGAGAAGUGUGGGGACGUUAGUGUUAGCACCAGUCGGCUGCCAUGCUAAUGUUCCGGGAGCCUGCUUCUCGGAUCCGGCGAGCUCUAGCGUGGAGCCUGGCAGGCUCACGGAGAGGAGAGGAAUGUUAGCGUUAGCUCCCAGAGUUAGCACUAGAGCUACUACAGCUAUUGGAGUAGCUUGCAACUAUGGAGCGCUUCUACCAGCUCUUCUAGUCACUGAGCCUCGCCUCCAUUUCGGCAAAUAUAUUGCAUUUAUUACAGGGACCAUCAUCACUGAAGUAGGCAGGGGAAUAGCUAAACACAGCCGCCAGGCUGCCCACCAGGCUACAUUUUACAAUGCUAAUUGCAAAUGUUAGCUGAGCUGCCAGGCUACUCACCUAACACAACCGAAAUGCCUGACCCAUUGCUGGGACCGAGCCGCUAAUAACUCAAGCUCCGGACAUUAACCCAUGCUACGAUUGUAACAUUAAAUUUAAUUGAAUCGACAUAGCGACAUGUGCCUAACGUUACUGUAACACUAAUUAAAACAGACAUUUGACUUUAUGUUGUAUCUAUCCAGGAGAAGAAGAGCUAGCACCGAGUCAGAUUGUAGCCCCUUUAGCUCUUGCAGUGCUCUCCACCUUGGAAAUGCAAUGCCAAUGUUAAUCCGAGUUCUGUCCCUUUCUUUAUCCAACAACUUCUUCGCCAACAACCGUUGUUUCUUUAGAGGUAAUGUCAGAUCCUGGUCGUCUUCAGGUGGACGUUCCGCUCUCUACCAUUUCAUUUCGAAAAUACGCACUGCCAUUGCUCACCGGCUGUAGCCUUUUAUAGGGAGGGAGGGCCAAGGGCUCCGAGAGGAGGAGGAGGAGGGGGGGCUGGGGAUUCACAUGGACGUACAUGAACGCGCAGCCUGACCGGCUUGUAAACAAUGGGCUGGAGAUCAACACAGAGAGAGGGUGUGUGAGGUCAUGCUAUACUCCAGAUGAAAUUACACCUCUAGUUCUUCACAUAGCAUUUUUUUAAUUCCUUCAAUCUAGAAAUGAUGAAUUUCGCUUAUUGCUCCUUUAAAUAAAACUUUUCAGGCAUGUUUUCGGCACUUAAUGUGGACAUAUCCUGCAAGUUUUGUAAUGAUUGACUGAAAGGUGGUGGUGUCAGGUCUAUUUAUGUGCUGAACCAUGUUGCUUUUAAGGUUCAUAGGUCAAUAUCCUCAAAAUGCAAUGAGAUAUCAAAAAGCUUUAAAUAACUUGGAUAAGCUCGGCCCAGUAAUGUUCCACAGAAAAAUUAGUAAAAAACGAACAUAUGGUUGAUAAACUUUAUUUAUAUCAAAGAUAUAUGCACUUUUAAAAACAGAGUUACAAUGUGCUUUGCAUGAUUGAACCAGGAUCUAAAACAAUGCAGGAUGUAGGCAAAUAAAAUCAGGCAGUUUUAAGAAAUACGAAAAGAAAAAAAAAACAACAUAAAUACCUACAAUACAACAGAUAAGUGAUGUAGGGAAUUAACUACCGUGAAGACUGCACUGAGGCAAAUUUUAAACAAUUAGAAAAAAACAAACAAAAAUAAAAGAGCAGAAUACUCAAUGACAAUACAAGAUAAAAACAAUAGACUCGCACAUCACUACUAGUCACCUUUAGUUUUUAGCCAGGACUGAGGAACAGUCAGCAGAGCCCCACCUGAGGAUCUGAGGCUGCACCUUGGCUCAUAGACAUACAGCAUUUCAGCAAUGUAGCUGGGGGCUAAACCGUGAAAUGCUUUAAAAGAGAUCAGUAAAAUCGUAAACUCUAGUCUAAAACAAGUGAAGAGAGGCUAACACAGGGAUGAUAUGAUCAUGCAGCUGCAUUUGGACCAGCUGAAGGCAUGAGAUUACUUUUAGACUGAACUCUAAAUACAAUGAGUUACAAUAAUCUAACAGGGAAGAGUUAAAAGAAUGGAUGACUGGGAUCAAGAUCUUGAGAUCAAGCCCAGAAGGAAAAUACUUGACCUUUGAUAUGCUCCUUCAUUGAUAGAAUCAGAACUGGGCAAUUUUUGUAAUUUGUUUUUCAUAAGCAUGGUCACUGUCAAAUAUCCCUCUGGGCUUUCUGGGUACAGGUUUGGCAUUUGCAGACAAGAGACCAAGAUGGUUCUGUAAAUAGGGAUGAUUUUUGUGAAUCAAAGAGAAUUAUUUCUGAUUUGUUUUCAUUAAAUUGCCUUCUUGCAUUCUUCAACAGUUUUAAUGGGACAUAUAUUGAUGUAUCUACAUAGCAAUGGUACUGGGUUACUGGAUUUUGUUUAUGAUGUCAAAGUGGUAGCAUGUGCAUGCAGAAUAUGAAGGGGCCAAGGAUGGAGCCUUAAGGAACACCAAAGGUCAGAGGAGGCAUUUGUUAGGAGACAUUGCCCAUGGCUACUGAGAAAGGCCUGUUUGAUAAAUAGGAUUUAAACCAUUUUAGGGCAGUGGUCCUGAUACCGACCUACUUUUAGAGGUUUUUCAAUAAGAACAAGUGAUCGACAGUGUGAAAUGUGGAGCUCAAAUCCAGAGGAAUUAAAUUUGAACAAUCACCAGCAUCAGCUGUGUAUAAAAGGUUGUAUGUUCCUUUGAUAAGAGCAGAUUCAGUGCUGUGACCUGCACACAAACCUGAUAGAAUUUGGUCAAUGAUGACAUGGUACUCAAAUGACAAUUUAGAAAUGGGUCUUUUUUUUUUUUUUUUUUUUUAAUCAGUAGGGUCAAAGUCCAGUUUGUUCAGUAUCUUCAAAAUGCAAUGAGAAAUCAACAAGCUUUUGAUAACUUAAGAUAAGCCUGGUGCAAUAUUGAACAUUGAAUUGCCCCUUGGGGAUGAAUAAAAUUAUUCUUAUUCUUAAGUUAUUCUUAUAAUGAUAACACAGAAAAAUACAGAAAAAUUGAUUUAUGUCAAACUGCUGUAUGGUUUAGGAGAUGUCAAAAUGUGAAUUUCAAAAAAUUCAAAAUGGUGUAAUCUUUUCAAACUGACUUUUAAUGGUUCUUUAGACUUUUUUGUAGAGCACAUUGAGCUGGACUUUUUUGUCAGAUUUCAAGUCAGUCCAACUUAUUGGGUGAGGGGUGUGGCAUUUCCAAUAUUUAAAUAAAUAAUAAAGAAUUUUAACAGCGCCACUGUCAGGUUGAUUGGGCAAAUAUUUCUUGGGCCGCAUUUGCACACAACUUCCAGUCAUUGGUGAAAAUUUCAGCCCUUCAAGCUUGAUCCCCUAUUAAUAACAAACCAGCACAAAAACAAUAAGGUUUUAAACCUUCAGAUGAACCCCCAUAGUAAUAAUAAACCAGCACAAAAAUGAUAGGGUUUCAACCCUGCGUGUUAAUAAUAAGAAUACUAAUAAGUAAACAGAGCAAAAACAAUAGGAUUUCAGCCCUCAGGGACUGAUAAUAUUUAUUGAUAACAAUAGAAUUUUUGGAACAGGAGUUCUGAGAUCUCUGAAGUAACAAACUAAGAGGAGCUUUAAAUUCAUGGUGAGAAAAUAGUCAGUAGACCUACUACUGACUGACUUGGUUGUUCUGCAUGUUUUCUAACCUAUCUUCUUCUUUUUAUAACUACUGCAAUAGAAAUUAGGUUCUAGUGUUAUUGUGUUUUUAUCCUUAAGGUUUUAUUGUAUGUUAGGACUGGCUGAUUACUCUCUGCAGGUUACAGACUUGCACUUUUCUGCCAAAUGAUGUAUGAAUGUUAUCUUCAGCAUAUAGCUUUCCAGUGUAUUUUAAAUGUAAAUACACUGGUUUAAACAGCCUUUUAAGCGUUGCAAAUGUCUCUGUGGCUACAAAUAAUUUUAAACUUUCCACAGAUAUCCUCAUACUGGAAUAUUUCAUCUGUAUGUCUACAAUUCUUGAUGGCAAAUAUUUCUCAAAGCCAACAUGAGAGGUAUAAGGUAUUAUUUCAGCAGAUGCUGUAUUUGUGAGAACUAACAAAGAACAAGGAUUGUACACCCUUGUGUUAUUCAUGUGAAUUGUAUUACUACAUACAAUAAAUAAAUAAAUAAUUAUAAGAUAAAAUGUGUUG